AUGUUAAUCGUAGUCAUGAGACGUAACCAGCGGCGCGUACGCGUAACCAACAAUGUUGUGCAGAGACGUGUUGUCCUGAAUUCUGGAGACGCCCCCGGGGUCGUGGAAACUUCUACCACGUCGCCACACAGUUCCGCCACCUCCUGGCUGCGUCUCCCCGUCGAGCUAUACAGAAAUGUCCGCCGAAAACUGAAGCUCCUCCUUUCUGCUGUCGACCGCUACAGGUGGUCGCAGGCGGGCCCCCGCGUGCCGGACUCUUCGGGUCCGACGCACUUGAGUCGCCGCUAUUCGCAUUCUGCUUGUGUGGUGCUCCUGCGGGUGGUGCCCUGA